UGUUUUGUGCAAUUACUGCAGUACAAGGACUGUCUGUCCAACUUAAACAUUAAUAUACCAAGUAAACUUUGUCUUUCAUUUACGUGCUGUCCUUUGAUUGUAUUAUUUUGUUUAUUUGUAAAUGUUUGUUUUGAUAUGGUGGAUAUUGAUCAUCAGUUGUGUGGUGGAAUUCAAAAUCAUUUAUGGAAACGAAAAGGUGAUAAUAACAGUUCCGGUGCACAUAAAAAAAAUACACCACACAAAGAUGAUUUACAAGAUCAUCGAAAAACCCGUUCACGCAGAUACCGUCUCGACGCCGUCUGCGGGUCAAAUCAACUACCAAGAGGAGCACACAACGCCACAUGUGCCUCACGGGGCACAUGGUAAUGGGAACAUUGGAAACCAGACGGUAGCGACGGCUUCAAGGUACCGCGAACGUGGUCAAGAAUGGGCACCCGUUGACCAACGCGUUCGUGGUUAUGGUGAAGAUCGUGGCCAUUUACGUGACGGAGAUCCUUCGAAAGGGACGACCACACACGGUGUCCGCAUUGAAGGCGCCCGGCACAAAUACUACGGCGAUUCAGCCGACCGCGGACCGCACCGCCACGUCAACUCGUACAAGUAUGGCUCCCACGCAAACGGCGCAGCCUUGCAACAACUCCAACACCAAGUCCACGGCCCACGUCACUUCAUGUCCGGACAUCACGUCAAUGACGUAUGGUUCGGAAAACAGGCUGGUAAAGGUGUUAAGCACAUAGGUGAUGGUCACAAGCACGGCCACUCGGUCGAUGUGAUGCAUGGACACUUUGGCGACGUGUUGCGAGUGGCGGGUGAUCAUGAUCACGGCGGCGUGCACUUUAGCGAGCAUAAGCCCAUGCACCUUGGGGACCACAGAGGAGUACUCUUUGGUGAUCAUCAACAUGUAUACUUCAGCGACCACAAGCACGGGAACGUCAGAGAUCCUAAAAAGAUCGGGCACCUAGGCCAUCACAAUUUUGAGCACAUCGGUGUUCACGGGUUCGAACACUUCGGCGGUGUUGGUCACGGAAACUUUGGAGGUGCGUGGCGCACGCAAGACACCUCUGGUCCAGGUGUCCGUGCACAAAACCAGCGCGGUCGGCCGACUGAACCCCUGGGAGCCAACCAGCAUAUUGACAACCUUCAUAGGAACGUUGUCAAUUUCGGUAACACCGUGAUAGGUCAAUACGGCCACAGUGCAGCCAAUGCGGAUUCACCCGGCCCGAACGCCGCUUAUCGUGAACUCGAUGAGCGUGGAUUUCCACGGCUGCUACACGAUCACAAAUUCAGUAACCCCGUUUACGGACAUCACAGCACGGGUGGUUAUCAAGUACAGGAAAACGUAGCAGAUUUCGAUGGCAUGAUUCCGACCGCGGUCCCACAACCACAUCCGGCCACCACCGCACAAGUAUUCCAGGUUGACCACAACUACCCUUCUGUGGCGUCGGGUAUCGGCGGUGGUGAUACGCUGGAUGGGAUGUCGUCGGUUUCCGCCAUCGCUUCACCGCCGACCGUCAACAGCGUUUAUUACACGCUCGAUCCAGUCGUGCCCUACAACGACGUGACACUGCAACCGCAGCGUGAAACCGUUCGACGGUGGAGUGCAGAAAACCAAAUAGUCUCGAAAUGGUUAUAAUUAGGCUUAGGGUCCAAGGUGUUUGCUUGUUUUAGCAUAUCUACGCAUUAUUUAUAGCUUUUUCUAUAGCCAGUGCUUGAGAACUGGGAGACAUUUUAGAACGGGGAUGCAAAAGUGUAUAAAAAAAUGUGCGUAUCUGAAUAUGAAAAUGUCUUAUUGUUUGGAAGGGGUACGCAUAAGUAUUUUCUACAAAUAAGAAGGCCUCCGUCCUCCCACAUCUGCUUCAAAUCAAGCACUGUCUUUAACUAUAUUCUGUAAAAUAUAAUUUCGUAUAAAUGAAAAUGCCAAUAUCUUACCAACAAUUUGUAGAUAUUAUGUGAUUUCUACAUGAUAGUAUGCUUUGCUCUCCUUGGCUACCGAUGACUAUCUCUAUUAAUAUAUGAUUUUGUUUUUAUUAAAGAAUCGAUUUUAAAAA